AUGUACCAACUGGCAGAUGAUCAAGAUCCACCCAUCUCCUUCAGUGACUCUGGACGAGGAGAACCAACCAAGACUAGUAUGCAGAAACCCAUGGAGGCGCCUACGACAGUCUCGGAUUCUUGUGCCCAAGAGAGCCCGCAAGUCCAUUCCGCAAUGCCGACUGUGUUUCGCGGCUUUAUCUGUCCACUAGGACUCCAAUCCUCCUUUAUGGACGGCCUGGCCAUCUCGGAGCGCAUUGGGCUAACCGGUUUGUGCUGCCUCAACGAGUUGGUUGGUGCCCUCUACUGGGCUUUCAGUCCCUCGCGAGCCUGGCAAUGGACGCCUCCCGCGAAUCCGGCAACAAUUGCGGUAGACGAGGUUACAGCGAAGAUAAUGAAUAUGGAUGAAAAGGGAGCCUCAUCGGUCAGCGCCACCUUCGCGACUGCAUCUGAACGUCUUCCGGGACGACUGCAGAGGCUGGCAAAUUCCUCCGAUGAGGCUGCACAUUCCUUUGUAAGGGUUAAUCUUCCCCAUUCCUGCUUUCUAUCUGCGUCCCUGUGGCACUUGAACCAGUCCAACACUGCCUAUAGUCAUUCAGCUUUCGCAACGAGUGAUCGAGUCGAUUCGCCUCACCUCGGAGAACCUUCGAAAGGCGGCACAACAACAGAAGAGGCCUCAUCCGACCUACACACUGUGGGUGAGCAUAGUCCAGAGAGUACAUCUGCAACGGGACCAACUUCCGCUUCUCCCAAACCACCAGUGCUUCCGCGGCGACGAUGGAUGUUAGGAAGACGCAAAACAGUUAGUGGUGCACCGACAUCAGACGUGGCUAGAGCGUUUGCCAUAAAUGGCUUACUAGCUUCAGCAGACACUUCCGGUGACAGUUCUCUUAGCGGUCAGCAAUUGCUGCUCCAAUCCUCGUCUUCAACACCACCACACUCGCCCAAGCCGCCCGUCAGGCAGCUGCAUGAUCAGCUCUUUCAAAAGGCUUUGACGUCUUCCCACAAGCUUCCAGCACCUCAACCUCCCCAAUCAUCUCGACCUCAACAUUUGCCCUCUCAGCCAUCCUCAAAUGAUUCCCCAUUGUUGGUCAACCAAGCGGCAGUCAUGGAUUUGGCUACUACCAUAAGGUCUCCUUGUUCAGAUAAACCCGAACCACCAGUCCGAAAUCAGCGAAGCCGAGUCUGCCACCCGAUCGGUCGUAUGGCGCCACAGUCUCAACAGCCGGCCGAUAGACUCUUCCAGGUUAUAACAGUUGACCCCAAGCAGAUGGCAUCACCCUCUCUUAAUCCAGCUUCUCCUUCCCAAUUCAAACGAAAACGAGACCGCCUCCAGCAUCCAAGAAACUCUCAUCUUCCAAGGCAUCUUCAACGCUAUAAUCACCUUCAGUCUCCCCCUCCUCGCCACGGUUGGCGUCCUGUUGCACUCCGCGGUCCCGGUGCACAAUAUAAUCGGGAUCGUGUUGCAUCAUCCAAGUCUUCAAAGGCAUCGACUGACGUCAACCUUUCUGGAGCCAAUGACGGACUGGUAGUGGGAGGCGAUAUGGUGAGUAGAGGAAUUAAACAGGAGACUGUGGAUCCCAUUAGUGUUGAAGAGGGUGGUCUACUGUUACGUGUUUUAGUCGUGGAUGAACGUGUCAGUCGUCUGGUUGAAGAAUUCUAUCCUAUUCGCCUCAAUCUGACUGCCAAGGAGCUCUAUCUUCACUUUGUGCCAUUCUUCUGUAUUGGAACAAAAUUCACAGCAAUAGAUUUUGCUAAAUUUUGA